AAGAGAGAAAAGGCAGAAAAGCAAAAAAACAAGAGCAGCAAAAUCGAGAAAAAAAAGACUAAAACGAGCAAAGUCAAAUACUACCAUCAUUUGAAGGAAGUGCCUGAUUUGUUGAAGAACAAUCUACGCUGUUUAUUCGUUGGAUACAAUCCAAGCAUCAAAAGCUCAGAGAACUGCCAUCGAUAUGCCCAUCCCACCAACUUGUUCUGGCGGCUCUUGAUCCAAGUCGAGAUCUUCACUCCCCAGUUCAAAGGUCUCAGUGUAUCCAAUGGCGAUAUGAAAGAGAUAAUCAGACGAUUGAAUUUUGAGAAUGCAGACCUGUAUCUCUUCAACGAGCUAGAUAUGGGCUUCACAGACUUGAUUGCAAGACCCACAAGAAACAUCGAGGAGUUGGACGCUGCAGAAAUGGCCCACAGUGUGCCUGUGCUCCUCGACAAGAUCAAGACCCACAGACCAAGAGUGGUGUGUUUUGUCGGCAAGAAUAUCUGGCUCUUGGUGCUAAAGCAUCUUGGUUCUGCAAAAACAACACAGGCACCAAAACCAAGCUGCUCCUACGGCGUCCAGCCCAGAACUCUCACGACCGGCCUUGCUUCUGUGGCCGGAUACGAGCCGGAAGUACAUGUCUUUCCCUCGACAUCGGGUCUUGUGACGGGAGUGCUGCGGACUGCCAAGGAGGAGCUUUUCCGAGGGUUG